AUGCCCACGUCGAAGUCCCGUCCGUUGGUCCCCGUGGCCUCUGACGCUACUCCUCAGGACGCCCAGAGACGGAGGAAGAACGUCGGCACAGCAUGUACGGCGUGCAAGGCUCGUAAACUCAAGUGUACCGGAGCACCUCCCUGCACCAACUGCUUGAAGAGCCGCGUCGAAUGUACCCUUGAUGAAAGCGCCGAUAAACGCCGCCGCGGAGUCCUGAAGCGCAAGAUCGAUGAGUUGGGGGACAAGGAAGAUCUACUUGUUCGCCUACUCGAGUUUUUCCGCGAGAGGAGCCAACGCAGCACGAUUCCUCUCCUGAACCUCAUCCGGAACCAUGCCUCCCCAGCCGAGAUUCGCUUCUACAUCGAUCAUGAGCUGCCACGGUCGAAUAUUACACAGAUACCCGAGCUACUGGAGAUGUACGGAGAUAACGGACACCGGAAUUUGGCUGAAAUGCUGUCCAACCGCCGAAUACUUGAUGUUCGAAAGCCUUCUGACGUUCCACGAUUCUCCGUGCCCGCGCGGCCCUGGACAUCUAUCGUAGAUGACGACGACCUCGUUUCCCGAUUAAUAUCUUUAUGGUUUACAUGGGCCCAUCCGAUCGUCAAUUUUAUUGAUCGCGAUCUGUUCAUCCGGGACAUGCAAUCUGGUUCGCUUUCAGCGUCUUACUGCUCGCCUUUCUUAGUGAACAUAAUACUCUCAGACGCAUGCGCGUACUCGAGCUACUCUGCGUAUGGGCUUCCGGAUAACUUGUUUUCGCUGCGAACAAACUUUUACGCAGAAGCAAAACGGUUAUUCGAGAAGGAGGAGGGUCGCAUCAGCUUGCCUACAUUACAGGGAUUAGAAGUGCUGUGGAUGUGUGCGUCAAUAACUGGCCGUGACCGACAAGCUUGGAUCAUCGGUGGACAACUAUUGUAUUCCCUUCGAGAGCUAUUAGCACCAUCCAACAUCCUGUCUCCGUCCGAUCCCGAUUCCGCUUGUAUGGCCAAAACUCUUAACCACACUAACUGGGGAAUAUUCAAUCUCGCAAUCGUUCAUGGUUUAUUAGUCAAAAAAGCACCUGAGGUCGCGCCACCCUGUCAUCCGCCCGCGUCGGUAAGACACCAAUGCGAAAAUCAAAUAUCGUAUUCGCAUCCAAUCCAGUCAAAGAACGUUGACGCACAUACGUUAUGCCUGUUCAAUGCCCUAUGUGAUUUGAAUCGGGUUGCGUAUAAACUCGGACCGGCUCUUUUCUCGCCCAUGCCUCCCAGGUUUAACUUAGAGUUCGAUAAUGAGAAACUCAACACACUUCAGUUCUUGAGCAAAUGGCCUGACCAACUACCGGGUUGUCUGCAAGAGAGCAAUGUCAAUAUUCCGCAUGUUCUCUCCCUCCAUAUGCACUAUCACACCAUCAUGACGGCGGUCUAUGGGUUGUUUCGAGGUCAGCCCGUUUACAUGCCGAAUCCAUCGACCUUGAGCCCCAGCAUCCGCGAAGCCAUAAGGUCUCCCGCUCAUGCCUUGAGCGGGUGUCUCUCGUCUGCGCGCAAAAUAGCCCAACUAACUCUUGUACAUCGCUCUAAUUGGGGUUCCGACCGCAUGACAGGCAUCAAUGUGCCUUACAUCAUGGCGGCCCUCUUCAGCCUAGUCGAGGGCCUAGACUACCCCGUUAACCGCGAUGCGUUUAUCUCGCUCGUGGUAGCAGCUGGCGCGUUCUCGCGGCGAUGGCCCUGCACCAAAGGAUAUUUGCGCAACUUACAGAGCACUGCGCAACAGCGAAAGAUUACCCUUCCUGCCGAAACAGGACCAUUCUUCUUGGAUCUGGAGCAAUUUUGA